GGCAAGGGGCGAUCGGACUGCUUCAGGUAUCGGUGCAGACAGUGGGCGGCUCGAAGGCGAAUAGUCAAUCCGGCAACACACACACACACGCACACGCACGCACUCCCCCCUCGACAGCUUCAACUAAGUCAGCGCUCUCGGUGAGAGUGAAGAGCGACGGUAACAGCGGCUAUCACUCGCCCCUGACAGUCUGACACUGUGACUGCACCGGGAGACGGAGAACAAGGUCAUGUGUGCAGGGCCUGUGUCCACGGCAGCAACUGAGGUUUAAUGGAACUGUUUUCAAAAUUGUGCUUAAAAAAUCAGCAACUUAAGAUGAAGGUAUAAUUCAGCAAAGCAGGAAGCUGAUUUCAAAGUAGGGAAGUUCCAAGAAUCACAGAAAUGGAACAGAUGGCAGUGAGCACUUCUGCAUUUCAUCCUGAAGAUGAUGAAUUUGAUAGAAAUUGCCCACGGAUAUGUGGCGUUUGUGGAGACAAAGCAACUGGUUUCCAUUUCAAUGCUAUGACAUGUGAAGGCUGCAAAGGCUUCUUCAGGAGAAGCAUGAAGAAAAAGGCCAAUUUUACCUGUCCUUUUAAUGGCAAUUGCUCAAUUACGAAGGAUAAUAGAAGGCAUUGCCAAGCAUGUAGACUCAAGCGAUGCCAAGAUAUUGGCAUGAUGAAAGAAUUCAUUUUAACAGAUGAAGAAGUUCAGAGGAAAAAGGAGAUCAUUUUAAAACGGAAAGAAGAAGAAGCCAUAAAGGAGGCUAAAAAACCAAAGUUGUCCGAUGAUCAAGAAAAGACGAUUGCCUUAUUGAUGGAAGCACAUCGUAAAACAUAUGAUGAAUCGUAUUCGGACUUUAACAAGUUCAGACCACCGGUACGAAGUUCAUCCGAAAUGGAAGCAUCUGGACAGUCCUUUCCCAUUGAGUCACCACGGGAUCUCUGCUCUGCAGAUUACUUUGGUUCCUUUAACUCAUCACCUUCAGAUGGUUGCCGUCUAUCCAUGGAUAUGUCUCAGAUAGCAAAAUCACAUUUCUCCAGCUUUUUUGGGAUACCCCAGGAUGACAGUGGAAAUUCCAAGGAGGAUUCAACUCUCUCCAUGCUACCUCACCUGGCUGACCUUGUCAGUUACAGCAUACAGAAAGUCAUCGGCUUUGCAAAGGCCAUUCCCGGAUUCAGGGAGUUGUCUGCGGAUGACCAAAUUUCCCUUCUGAAGUCAAGUGCAAUUGAAAUUAUUAUGCUGCGAUCAAACCAAUCCUUCACAUUAGAGGAUAUGUCAUGGAGCUGUGGAAAUGAGUUCAAAUAUAAUAUAAAUGACGUCACCAAAGCUGGCCAUUCACUGGAGUUGCUGGAGCCACUGAUAAAAUUUCAGGCUGGCCUAAAGAAUUUAAAUUUGCAUGAAGAAGAACAUGUUCUUCUCAUGGCCAUCUGCCUCCUGUCACCAGAUCGUUCUGGAUUACAGGACCGUGCCCGAGUGGAGCGCAUUCAAGAUAAGUUAUCUGAGACUUUGCAGGUGUACAUCCGGGUCAAGCAUCCACCCCCAGGUAAUUGGUUGCUGUAUCCGAAGAUGAUCCAGAAGCUGACAGACCUCCGGAGCCUGAGCGAUGAACAUGCCAAACAGUACCGGUCUCUGACCUUUCAUCCUGCACAUAACAUGCAACUCACACCACUUUUGCUUGAGGUCUUCAGUAACGAUGAUGCGAAAUGAAUCACUGUCUUUCAUUUCUAACUUGAUAGGUUUGCACAGGGUAAACAGGCUUGGUGGUUAACGCAGCAUUUCCUUUGAAAAUUUAAACUUCCAGUGAUGACGCAAGUCUAAAUUAUUACACCACUGAUUUAAAGAGAGAAGAGGUGGGGUGGUAGUUGCAAUGUUCUGAAACAGUUGCCACCAGUUGCUGUACAAUCUGAAGCCAGCAAAGUAAUAACAGUAGAUUUCCCCCUCACAGAUAUGUACUAUUUACCUCAACAAAACAAGAGCAAUGAUAGGAAAUAUUUUGAAUAUUAAAUAGAUAUAUGAAUGUGCAUAAACUACAUAUAUCUAAUAUAUUAACUAUUCACUUAAUAUGAAUGCUGUGACCUAUCAUUAGCUGCAGCAUGUAACAAGUGUGUGCAGGGGGAAAGUUUACCAUGAGAUGAAAAUACAAAAA